AGAGGAGAGAGCGGCCCGGGGAGCCCUCGGGGGACUGGCCCUGCUGAGGAGAGAGCGGCCCGGGGAGCCCUCGGGGACUGGCCCUGCUGAGGAGGGAUCGGCCCGGGGAGCCCGCACUGCCCUCGGGGACCGGCCCUGCUGAGGAGAGACCGGCCCGUGGAGCCCGCACUGCCCUCAGGGAGAAGCUCUGGCUCCGCUGAGGGAGCGGCCUCGCUCUCAGUGACCGGCUCCGUCUCCGCUGAGCCCUCGAUCCCCGCCAUGGGGCUGCUGUCGCAGCUGGCCCGCGGGCUGGUGCGCGGCGCCGACCGCCUGUCUCCCUUCACCAGCAAGCGCGGCCCGCGGACCUUCAACAAGGGCCGCGGCGCCAAGAAGCUGGGCGUGCUCACCAGCAGCAAGAAGUUCCUCCUCGUCAAGGAGAUGGUGCCGGAGUUCGUCGUGCCCGACCUGACGGACUUCAAGCUGCGGCCCUACGUGUCGUACCGCGCCCCCGAGGGCUCCGAGCCGCCCGCCACGGCCAAGCAGCUCUUCGACCAGCUGGUGGCUCCGCGCAUCGAGAAGGACGUGAAGGACGGCACGUUCGAGCCCGGCAAUCUGGAGAAGUACGGCUUCGAGCCCACGCAGGAGGGGAAGCUCUUCCAGCUCUUCCCCAAGAACUACGCGCGGUAGGGAACGAGCAGCGCCCGCGGCGGGGCCGAGGCACGACCGGCACUCGCGGGACAGGCUCUGGCGCCGGACAUUAAAGCGAGUCCUUCCACCUCGUCCCUCUGCAGUGUGUGAUUUAAAUCCUGGGGGGAAUUGGCCGUUCAUUCCGCGCAGUUGUGCCUGGAGAGCACGGCCCUGCCUGUGAGUUUCUAAACACAAAGUACUGCAAAGUUUAGAGUUGAAUUAAGGAUGAAAACGCGCUCUGGGAGAAGGGAAGCACAUUCAGUGCGUGUUCUGAGCACCCAGUCCGAGUCCUGAAGGAGGUGUCUGCAAACCCCCCCGUUUUCGGGGCUGGGGAGGCCAGGAGGGGUUGGUGCUGCUCUGGCUCCCAGAUCUGAGUCCUGCAGCCCAAAUCCCCACAUGAGCGAGUGCAGGAUCACCCACAGCGGGGGGAGGGGAAGGCACAGCUUUCCUAACUCCAGUUAAACUCUGCAUUUCUCACUUCCUGUGAAGCUCAUCAGAGUGAGUUACACACGAGUGGUGGUUUUCUGCCUUCAGCUCUGGGUGCAACACCUCAGCCCUUCCUUGCAGAGACUUUCUUUCCAUGUGAAGGCAGAUUGUAACUGGAGCCUCCUCAUUUCUCUGAGCAAAGCAAGGGCUGGCCUAAAGCCUAAACCAGUCUCAGUCUGGUCCCAGUGACAGCACUGCAGCUUUGCUGCCCUCGGGCUGUUCCCUCUCCCUCUCACAGGGCAAUAAAAGGCGUUACAAGCUUUAAAACAGAGCUACAAGGACACACCCUCGGUGUUCCCAGGAAACUGGUUCGUCCGC